AUGGAACACACCCCGAAGUUUCACGAUGGUAUCGAGGACGUCAACACGAAGGAGGAUGGAUCAAAGCAUAACGAGCGUGUGUCCAUCAGCAACGGCCAAAUGGGCGAAACUACGGCUCCUAAUGCGGGCAACGAGGACUUGGACAGGGCAGUCCAGCAAUCAGUCAACCAUCGCAAGUUAAACUCGAGGCAGAUUCAGCUGUUUGCCGUGGCCGGUGCUGUCGGAAAUACUCUCUUCGUGAGCAUCGGCAAGGGCCUUCUCGCCGGGCCGCUCGCCCUUCUAGUUGGCUUCCUCCUCUGGGUAUCUGUCAUUUUCUGCAUGGCGCAGUGCCCAUACUUUUGGUACUGCAUGGUGACCCUUCUGCUCGCAACAGAGAUCGAGAUCGUGUCACUGUUGCCCAUCGAUGGCGCUCCCAUCCGCCUCGCUGGGCGCAUGAUUGAUCCAGCGGUUGGAGUGGCUGCUGGCUGGAAUUACUUUUUCGUGAUGAUCUCCUAUGUCAUGUUCGAAGCGACUAUCAUAAACACCAUCGUUACCUACUGGGGCUAUGACCAGUCGCCUGCCAUCCUUAUCUCAGUCUGGGUAGCAUUCGUCAAGAUCCUCCUCGCUAUCGGUCUCAUGCUGUUCACCUUCAUCGUCAUGCUGGGCGGGAACCCCGCGCACGGUCGAUUCGGCUUCCGGUUCUGGCAGAAUCCUGGGCCAUGGGUCGGCAACACGGCGCCAACACGCCUCCAGUCGUUUGUCAACGGCGUCAACGUCGCUGGAUAUUGCAUUGGAGGGCCGGAGUACCUCUCGAUGGUGGCCGGCGAGUCCAAGGAUCCCCGACGGGUCAUCCCGCGAGCGUUCAAGACAAUCAUCUACCGCCUGGUCCUCUUCUGCAUCGGCGGCUGCAUCUGCGUAGGCAUACUCGUGCCUUCCAACGACCCGAAACUGACCGCAGGCACCGGGGGCUUUGCGGGCGGAUCGCCGUACGUCAUCGCCAUGCAACGCCUGAAUAUCCCCAUCAUGCCAUCCAUCGUCACCUGCUACCUGCUCACCUUCGUCGUCUCCGGUGGCAUCAACUUUACCUUUAAUGCUUCGCGGGCCCUGCAUGCCUUGGCACUAGACGGUCAGGCGCCCAAGUUUCUGCGCCGCCUCAACAGGCACGGCGUCCCGGACAUGGCCGUCAUCGUCGUUAUCCUCCUAUCUUGCCUGGCUUACCUGGCUCUGGGCUCCGGCAGCGCGGAGGUGCUCAACUGGCUGUUGAACUUCAGCACCGCAUCUGCCAUGUUCUACUGGACCAUCAUGUCCAUGACGUGGAUCCGCUUCAACUCCGCCAUGAAGGCGCAGGGCAUUGAUAGGAAAACCUUCCUGCCUACCCGAUCGCGUUGGCAGCCCUUUGCAGGCUACUGGGCUUUUGGGUGGUCGUUCCUCUUCCUCUGGCUGCAGGGCUACGCAGUUUUCCUCGAUGGAAACUGGCAGGUGUCUACCUUCAUCUUCAACUACGGCAUCAUUGCGUUCGCGGCCGUGAUCGGCAUCGCGUGGAAGCUCGUCAAGCGCACCCGAUUCCACCGCAGCAAGGAGAUUGACCUCCAGUCGGGGCUUGAAUUCUUCGAGGCCUUGACGGAGCACUACCGCCGCGAGCGCGAGGAUGCACCGCAGAGCUUCAAGGACAGGGUCUUGGAGAAGCUGUUCUGA